AUGGGUCCUAAGGUGUCUUGUGUGGUACUUGCAGCGUGCCUGGUGCUGGCAGGAGCGGAGUACAGGAACGAUGGAGGCUUCGUGCCGAGUUUCCAGAGGACUGAGGACCAGCUUGCAGAACCUUCAGCCAGGAUCGAGAAAAACCGAGAUGAGAGAGACAACCAGGCUGACAGAACGCAGAGAUUUGGCAUAUCCUCGUAUGGAAGCACUGGGGGUGGUAGCUACGGCAGCACUGCUCCGGGACUUUACGGACCAGUGAAGAUAGAUCUAGGAGGAGUGCUCAUAGGAUCUAUACUGGGCUUUGGAGCUGUCAUCAUCCUACCUAAGAUCAUCCACGCCUUGUCUUACAGCUACGGCGGAGGAUACGGGCGAAGUCUGGACACCGACUUUGGACAAGUAUCAGAAGUGUUUGGUAAAAUCGAUGAGAUGUUGAGCAGAUACAACGUGGACUCGACGGCUUGUAUGCAGCGGCUGGCAUGUUCCUACGUGCAGUUGGCUAACGAAAACAUGAUCAGCGGUAACGCCACGGACUUCGAUGUUUUAUUGUCUUCGUUGUCCAAUAACACUUUAGUCCGUCGUAUGCUGGACGGUACGGCAGUGUUCGACGCGGUGUCAGCAGGACGGUUGCCAGACUCGGACUGCCACGAACUCUACCACAAAUGCAAACUAGACAAGAAGACAGUCGUCAAAAUGCUCACUCAACUCGUGCCCUCAUAG